ACCACACAAAACAAAAUCAUCAUCAUCAUGGCCGAGUCCACGUCGGACGAAGCCGCCAACUGUCCUGAUGUUUCAAACGUUUACGAAGGCCUCAGGCACAGGAAAACACCACAGGAUCCCACCGAUGACACCAGGUACACAGAGGAAAACACCAAGAACAUGUCAGAAUCGUCAAAAACCGACAAGUCCACCCCUGUUCACCUGGAAACGGGCACUUAUUGGCUGACUCGAAUCGUUUUCCUCAGGUCUUUGGGACUGAUCUACUUUGUUGCCUUCCUGGUGGCCUUGCAUCAGAACAAGCAGCUGCUGGGCACAGACGGCCUCCUGCCUGCCCACCUGUACCUGCAGAGGGUGCAGCAACAUGCCGCAGCUGACCCCACACAGAGCACCUGGAGCCUGGUACCCAGUCUACUGUGGUGGGUGGACUGGGAGAGGGACCUGGAUCUGUGGUUGGACAGGCUGGCCUACUUGGGAGCGGCUCUAUCCUUUAUCGUCAUGGUAACAGGAUGUGCCAACAUGGUGAUGAUGGCAGCACUGUGGGCGCUCUAUCACUCUAUUGUCAACAUAGGACAGAGAUGGUAUUCCUUUGGCUGGGAGUCCCAGCUCCUUGAGACAGGGUUCCUAGCCAUCUUCUUCUGCCCCCUCCUGACUCUGCACCCCCUGCCCAGGAGAACCCCCCCAUCCCUGGUCGUCAUCUGGGGGUACCGAUGGCUCAUCUUCCGCAUCAUGCUUGGAGCCGGCUUGAUUAAAAUCCGAGGUGACCAGUGCUGGAGGGACCUGACCUGUAUGAACUAUCACUACCAGACCCAGCCUGUCCCCAACCCUCUCAGCUACUACCUGCACCAGACACCAGAGGCCAUGCACAAGUUUGAGACUCUGUCCAACCACUUCAUCGAGCUGGUGGCACCCUGGUUCAUCUUCCUGACUCGGCCCUUCCGUUUCACCUGUGGUUUUCUCCAGAUUCUGUUCCAGGUUGUCCUGAUCCUGAGUGGUAACCUGAGUUUCCUGAACUGGCUGACUAUCCUGCCCAGUAUCUGUAGUUUUGAUGACGCCCACCUGGCCUGUCUGUUCCCCGGCGGGAGAGGGGGGACCAAAUGGCAGGUCGCACAGAUCCAACAGGAGGAGAACAGUGGGAGGGCACCAACUCCUUCAUGGGGUCAGUUGGUGCGUCGUGUGGUGCACGUGUCGCUGGCGGGACUCCUCGUCUACCUGAGCCUCCCCGUGGUACAGAACCUGCUGUCACCACGACAAGCCAUGAACACUUCUUUUGACCCCCUCCGAUUGGUCAACACAUAUGGUGCCUUCGGAAGCAUCACUAAGGAGAGAACAGAAGUGAUAUUUCAAGGGACGUACGCAAUAAACCCGAAUGACCCCAGUGCAGUAUGGGAAGAGUACGAGUUCAAGUGCAAGCCAGGCAACGUGACGAGAAGACCGUGUCUGAUCUCCCCCUACCACUACAGGCUGGACUGGCUCAUGUGGUUUGCCGCUUUCCAGAAUUACAACUACAACAACUGGCUAGUCCACCUGGCAGCAAAGCUCCUAGUUAAUGACCCUGGAGCAGAGUCGUUAAUAGCACACAACCCAUUCCAUGGAAAACAGCCUCCUCGUUUUAUUCGAGCCGAACACUACAAGUAUUCCUACACGAGGAUUGGCAGCACCGCAGCGAAGGAGGGAAAAUGGUGGAAACGGCGAAGAAUCGGAGAGUACCUGCCCCCUGUGUCUCUGGGCUCGCUCAACCAGUACAUCAAGCAGCAUGGCUGGAACAUGCCUGCUAUCAAACAGUGAA